AUGGAUUUCUUCUAUGGAAAAUCUGCCUAUCUGGAGGGGAUAAAACUAAGGAAAGAGGCAAGCUCUGCUGGGGAUAAGAGGAAAGACAACCCUGUUCAAAACCAUCAGCGUUUUGACAAGAAGCCCAAGUUCGCGAAGAAUUUCAAUGGUGGUUAUCACAGCAAUGGCAAUCAGCCGAAUGGGAAUUGCUUUGAAGGGAAAAAGAAUGGGAAUGGUGGUCAAGCUCAACGGUACCACUACUGCAAAAACCGCCCUAAUAAUCACCCAAGGAAAGACUGUAAUGGGGAAUUAGUGGAGUGCAACAAGUGUGGAAAGAAAGGUCAUUGGAGCUAUGAAUGUUAUUCUAAUGUUAAGAACACCAAUGGUAAUGGAAACAACCAAACUCGUCCAACCAAUGGGGGAAAUGGUAACCACCAGUACAAUAGUGGAAACAGAAAUCAGCAGUACAAGAACAGUAAUGGGAACAAAGGUUAUAAUUCUCAGCAAGGCCAAGGAUUCAAGACUAACGGGCAUGGAAAUGGAGCCAAGCCUAAUGGUAACGGAAACGAAAAUGGAAAUGCACCGGGAAAUCUCAAUGUGAUGAAUAACCAAGAGGCUGGAGCGUCACAUGAUGUGGUGACGGGUACAUUUUCUAUUAACUCAACACCUGUUAAAGUUUUAUUUGAUUCAGGAGCUUCAUAUUCUUUCAUUUCCAAUUCUAUUUUAGAAAUCUUAGAUGUAGGUAAUCCGAAAUCUGUGUCUGUCCCUAUAGCUGUUCCUUCCGGGGAGAUAGUAAAUUGUGAAAAGUGUUAUGAUGGGGUAGAAAUUUGUAUUGCUGGUGCUAUUUUUCCUUCAAAUCUUAUUGAAUUUCAGUUGGGUGGUCUAGAUGUUAUUUUGGGAAUGGAUUGGUUACGGAAAUAUCAGGCAAAGAUAGAUUGCCAAGCACAAAAAGUUGAACUUAAAAGCCCAUUAGGAAAUGAUGUUUCAUACCAGAGGAUUGAGAAUAAACCUGGGGUGAGAAUCAUUAGUGCCUUGAGACUAAAGAAUUAUGUCCAGAAAGGUUCGCCUCUAUAUUUUUGUUGUGUGAGACGAAUGGAGGAAGAGGUAGUUUUACUAGAAGAUAUCCCAAUAGUGAAUGAGUUUAUAGAUGUUUUCCCUGAUGAAGUUCCAGAUAUGCCACCUGUGAGAGAUUUUAAGUUUACCAUAGAUCUAGUUCCAGGCACAUGA